CCCUAAGCGUGCCGGUCCAGCUCCCGGGACGUGGGCGGCCGGUGAGCAUGCGCCCUAGACGCAAAGCACGCCGGGAGUUGUAGUUCCGCCAUCGGACGGAAGCCGGGACUGACUGCGGCGGGAUGUGGCCCGGAAUAUUGGUUGGGGGGGCCCGGGUGGCGGCAGGUAGGUCCCCCGCGCUGGGGCCUCGCCUCGCCGCCCGGUUCUCCCCGCGGCGGACGCCCAAGACCGGCGUGGCCCUGCAGCGGAGCCUGCACGCGACGGCGGCCCGGGCUCUCCCGCUCAUUCCCAUCGUGGUGGAGCAGACGGGUCGCGGCGAGCGCGCCUAUGACAUCUACUCGCGGCUGUUGCGGGAGCGCAUCGUGUGUGUCAUGGGUCCGAUCGACGACAGUGUCGCCAGCCUGGUUAUCGCGCAGCUGUUGUUCCUGCAGUCCGAGAGCAACAAGAAGCCCAUCCACAUGUAUAUCAACAGCCCCGGCGGCAUGGUGACCUCGGGCCUGGCCAUCUACGACACGAUGCAGUACAUCCUGAACCCCAUCUGCACGUGGUGCGUGGGCCAGGCGGCCAGCAUGGGCUCGCUGCUUCUGGCCGCCGGCACCCCGGGCAUGCGCCACUCACUCCCCAACUCCCGCAUCAUGAUCCACCAGCCCUCCGGGGGUGCCCGGGGCCAAGCCACAGACAUUGCCAUCCAGGCAGAGGAGAUCAUGAAACUCAAGAAGCAGCUCUACGGCAUCUACGCCAAGCACACCAAACAGAGCCUGCAGGUGAUCGAGUCGGCCAUGGAGAGGGACCGCUACAUGAGCCCCAUGGAGGCCCAGGAGUUUGGCAUCUUAGACAAGGUUCUGGUCCACCCUCCCCAGGACGGUGAGGAUGAGCCGGAGCUGGUGCAGAAGGAGCCCGUGGCAGUGGUGGCGGCAGCAGAGCCCGCCCCAGCAAGCAUCUGAGAGCUGGGACCUCACCCUCCAGAGGAAAGUCGGCGGAGCCAGGCGCCAGUCAGACGCUGGAGCCACAGCCCUGCCCACCCCUCGCUGCUGAGCCUGGAAGGGCCCCGUGAGGAACUCUGGGUUUGGGGCUGCCCCUCAGGGCAGGUAUCUUGAAUGAGACACUGUGAUUUUCAAUUAAAUCUUUGUAGUCUUUGAUCCCCA